AUGUCAUUACUGAGCAGCAUUGAGGGCGUGACACAGUUUUUGUCUCGUUACAUGCCGUUUCCGACCAAAAGUGGAUCAGCACGAGUAGCUCAGCCGCAAAGCAGUUGUAUGAAUGGCUUACCACAGCUGUCAGCAUCCGCAUUCGAUUCGUCAAUUGUACGAUUCGCCGGCGUAUCUGGUGCAUUGGCUGUCGUGCUUGGUGCAUACGGAGCUCACGCAUUACGUCAAAAUGCAAGUGUUGACGAACGUCGUAUCCGAGCGUUUGAAACCGGCAAUCGUUAUCAUAUGUUGCAUUCAAUCGUCUUACUUGCGUGCAAUCGCGCUCGAUUCCCCCUCUUAACAGCCUCAUUCUUUCUGGGUGGUAUCUUCAUCUUUUCAUCGACAUGUUAUCACUACAGUAUCACUGGACAAGAUACGUUCCGUCGAUAUACACUGUACGGUGGAAUUCUUUUUAUUAUUGGUUGGCUUUCGUUUAUGUUUUAA